UUUAUAACAAAAAAGGAUGAAAAACGUAAUGAGUGAAGAGAGAGCAAGAGAAAUUGAAACUCAACUAAAGGAUGGGCGUUUCAAUUUCGCGAUCAAAUGUCUCCAUGAAGUUAUGAAAGUCAAUCCGGAUAAAAAUUUUGUCUUUAGUCCACUUUCCAUAUAUGAGGGUCUUUUCCUAACAAAUAUAUUGAUUACAGGAGAAAUAACGAAUCGUCUCAUAACUAUUCUUUCUUUAAACGGGAUCAGCAAAGCAGAUUUGAUCAAUUACUGCAUUUGUAAAAAGGAGUCGACUAUAAAAUUCGUGGUUUAUCCGGAACAUUUGUAUUGCACUCAUAACAUCAUGUGUUGGUUGAAAUAUGUAAUGAAUGAUUCAGAAGCAGAGAGUGUACUAUCUCAUUUUAUUUAUGGACCAAUCAAUUAUUUAAAUACGAAUAAAUUUUCUGAAUUGAAAGUAAAUUACAUUAAUAAAUUAAUAGGCAGAGCGGUAAGAAAGGGAUGCUUUUAUUAUCUCGUGGGAUUAUCCAAGUGUAAACAAGUUAAUGAUAUUCUUUUGGUGACCUGUGUCUGUUGCGAAUUCCAAAAUUCAUUGGUUCCUCAAGCUAUCGUACCAAUUAGAAACCGUUUAAUCAUAAACUACUAUCAUAAGAAAUUGAGCAUGCACGUGAGCGACAUACCCUUCCAGAAUGGCGAUAUGUCGCUGUUUGUGUUCUCACCUGCUUCGUUCGAUGGAGAAUAUUCAGAUAAGUGGAGGAUAAAAGAGAACAUUAGCAGCGACGACCUUUUCGAAUUGACCAAACGAUUAUCGACGAGCAAUGGAAUCGACGAAUUGCGCAAUCUGCUAAAAUAUAGUAGAAAAUCACACGUUGAAAAUGUUACAGACGUCUCGGUUUUUUCGCCUUUCGAUAUGGAGAGAAAUUUGACAAUAAAAGAUCUGCUGAAAGCGUUAGAUAUCGAAGAAUUGAUGGAAACCACCAAUUUUUAUUUAGAUUUUUGCGGAAACAGACGGGACAGCCUCUCCUUAUGCUUCGGCAAUAUUGUGCACCGUUCUCGUGUCAAGGUCACAAAUGGGAUGAUGAUCGUAGGCGCGAUAACUAUGAUCCUCACCGGAAAAGAAUCAGGUCCGCACCCGGAAGUGGUUAACGUAAAUCGCAAUAGUCAGUUUGUCUGGUUGAUCUAUGACGCGCUUCAAGAAGAAAUCCUUUCUGUCGGUUCUUGUAACAGUGACAGGACCAAUUCUAAAAUUGUACCGAAGGAUGACGCAGGUCCAUCAGACAGUCCGUCAAUGAAAAAGCCGAGGCUUGUCGAGACUUCUUGA